CCUCCACCGCCCACGCGCGUGCGCAUGCGCACUGAGCGCGGCGCCGCUCAGGUGGGGGUGGCGCAUGCGCGAUGUGAGGCGCGCGGGACGCCGUAGUGGGGGGAGGGCGUGAGGCCCGCGGUCGCGCCGGGGGCGGCCCCGGACGCCUGGGCCCCUCCGCGCCGGGGGCGUUGCGCGGCCCCCGGACGCCUGGGCCCGUUGGGGAGCCCCCGGGUGUCCGCGCCCCCGGACCCAGGUGUCCGAGCGCGGGGGGGUCCCAGGUGUCCCGGCUCGGGGGGGGGGGCCAGGCGUCCGGGUCCCUGAGGGAGGCCGAAGCGUCCGGGCCCGCAGCGAGCCCCGGUGUCCGGGCGGCUCCCUCCCUCCCCCCCCAAUGCUGAGGAAGGGCCCAGGCGUCCGGGCGCCGUGGUUCCCCCCCCCCCCCCGGCGGACCCAGGCGUCCGGGCCCGCCCCGUCCGGCCCUGGUUCCUUUUCCUUUGUCCCGGUGACAAUGUCCCGGCUCCGCCUUCCCCGGGGCCGCCUCCAGCGCCAGCCAGCGCGGGCCGGGGGGGACGCUGCCGCCGCCGCCACCCCCGGGCACCCAGGCGUCCGGGCCGCCAGCCCCGGGGACCCAGGCGUCCGGGCCGCUCGCCGGGGGACGCCGCUUCCUGCCCGCCACGGCACCGGGGGGGGGGGAACCGGGGGGGACAGAAGGAACCGCAGAGGCUGGAGGGGGGGCAGCAGGGACCCCGGGGGGGCCCUAGGGGACAGGGGGCAGCAGGGACCCGCAGGGGCUCCCGGGACCCAUAGGGACCCUCAGGGGCCUGGGGGGACCCACAGGGGCCUGGAGGGCCUGGGGGGGCCCAUAGAGGCACUGGGGGCCCACAGGAGCCUAUAGGUCCUGGGGGGGGGGCAGGGACCCAUAGGGGACGACAGGGACCAGGAGGGCUGGGGGGAGCAGCGUAGGGGCCCACAGGAGCUCCUGGGGCCCAUAGGGACCCACAGGGGCCUGUAGGUCCUGAGGGGGGGCUGGGGGGUCCCAUAGGGGCCUGUAUGUCCUGGGUGGAGGGAGUAGGGACGCAGAGGGGCUGGGGGGGCCAUAGGGACCCACAGGGGCAUUGGGGACCCACAGGGGUCUGCAGGUCCUGGGGGGGGCGGCGGGACCCAUAGGGAUCCAUAGGGGCACCAGGAGCUCCUAGGGACCCACAAGAGCCAUAGAGGCCUGUGAGGACCCAUAGGACCUGUAGGGACGCAUAGAGGUGUUAGGGACCCACGCAGACCCACAGGUCCCAUAGGGACCCCCAGGAGCACUAGGGAUCCAUAGGGGCGCUGGGGACCCAGAGGGGCCCAUAUGGGCAUUAGGGAUCUGUAGGGGCCCAAAGGGGCACUAGGAACCCAUAGGAGCUAUAGGGACCCAAAGGGACCUGCGGGGACACUAGGGGCUUGCAGGGACCCAUAGGAGCACUAGGGACCCAUAGGAGCCCAUAGGAAUCCAUAGGAGCUCUAGAGAUUCCUGGGGGCACAAGAGACCUGUAGGGGCUAUAGGGAGCACAGGGACCCCACAGGAGCCAUAGGGACCUGUAGAGCCCCGCAGGAGCCAUAGGGAUCCCGGGGGCCCAUAGGGACCCAUAGGGACCUGCAGGUGCUGUAGGGAGCCGGAGACCCCUCAGGAGCCAUAGGGACCGGUAGAGACCCCCAGGAGCCAUAGGGACCCCCGGGGCCCAUAGGGACCCAUAGGGACCUGCAGGUGCUGUAGGGAGCACAGGGACCCCACAGGAGCCAUAGGGACCCCCGGGGCCCAUAGGGACCAGUAGGGACCCGCAGGCGCUAUAGAGAGCCUGGGGACCCCUCAGGAGCCAUAGGGACCCAUAGAGACCCGCAGGCGCUAUAUAGGGAGCCCGGGGACCCCACGGGUGCCAUAGGGACCCGUAGAGCCCCCCAGGAGCCGUAGGGACCCCCGGGGCCCAUAGGGACCCACAGGGACCGGGGGCGGCCCAUGGAGCGGGGCCGGGCGCCGCCGUCCCCGCCACCGUCGCCGGGGGGGUCACGGUCACCCUCGCCGCCGGGGGGGUCACGGUCACCCUCGCCGGGGGGGUCACAGUCGCCCUCACCGCCCGGGGGGGGGUCGCGGUCGCCCUCACCACCCGAGGCGGGGUCGCGGUCGCCCUCGCCGCCCGGGGGGGCGCCGGGCUGGGGGGAGGCGCCGCGGGCGGCGGCGGGGGAGCUGCGGCUGGAGGAGGUGAUCGGCGCGGGGGGCUUCGGGCGCGUCUUCCGCGGCACGUGGCGCGGCGAGGUGGUGGCGGUGAAGGCGGCGCGGGGCGACGCGGGGGCGGCGGGGGCGGCCAGCCUGCGGCGCGAGGCCCGGCUCUACGCCCGCCUGCGGCACCCCAACGUGGUGGCCCUGCGCGCCGUCUGCCUGGAGCCGCCCCACCUCUGCCUCGUCAUGGAGUUCGCCGCCGGCGGGCCGCUCUCCCGGGCGCUGGCCGGGCGCCGCGUGCCGCCCGCCGUGCUGCUCGACUGGGCGCGGCAGAUCGCCCGCGGCAUGCGCUACCUGCACGCCGAGGCCCCCGUCGCCCUCAUCCACCGCGACCUCAAGUCCAGCAACGUGCUGCUGUCGCAGCCGGUGGAGGGCGACGACGUGAGCGGGAAGACGCUGAAGAUCACGGACUUCGGGCUGGCGCGCGAGUGGCAGCGCACGACCAAGAUGAGCGCCGCCGGCACCUACGCCUGGAUGGCCCCCGAGGUCAUCCGCGCCUCCACCUUCUCCAAGGGCAGCGACGUCUGGAGCUACGGGGUGCUGCUGUGGGAGCUGCUGACGGGCGAGGUGCCGUACCGCGGCAUCGACGGCCUGGCCGUGGCCUACGGGGUGGCCGUCAACAAGCUGACGCUGCCCAUCCCCUCCACCUGCCCCGAGCCCUUCGCCCAGCUCAUGGCCGCCUGCUGGGAGCAGGACCCGCACCGGCGGCCGGGCUUCGGGGCCAUCCUGGCGCGGCUGUCGGCGCUGGAGGCGCCGGGGCUGGGCCUGGCCCCGGAGUCCUUCCACUCGCUGCAGCAGGGCUGGCGCCGCGAGAUCCAGGGGCUCUUCGACGAGCUGCGGGCGCGCGAGAAGGAGCUGCUGAGCCGGGAGGAGGCGGUGGCGCGGGCGGCGCUGGCGCAGCAGUCGCAGGCCGAGGCGCUGCGGCAGCGGGAGCAGGCGCUGGCCCGCUGGGAGCUGGAGGUGCUGGAGCGGGAGCUGAGCCUGCUGCUGCGGCCCCCCGGGCCGGGCCCCGGCCCCCGCCGCCCCCCCGCCGCCCCCAAGCGCCGCCGCGGCACCUUCCGCCGCCCCAAGCUGGGCCGCCCCGCCGACCACAUCAGCAUGCCCCAAGAUUUCAAGCACCGCCUGACGGUCCAGGCCUCGCCGGGGCCCGACCGCCGCAGCCGGGACCCCCAGGAGGGGCCGGGGGGGUCGCCGCCCUUCCCCCGCCUGCGCGCCAUCCAGCUGGAGCCCUCGGACACGGAGUCGCCGUGGGGCCAGGGGGGGACGGAGCGCCGCGGCGGGGGCAAAGGCAGCGCCAACGGCAGGCGGAGGUCGCGGCAGGAGGAGACGACCUGGUACCUGGACCCCGACGAGCUCGGCCCGGGGGACGCCGCCCUCAACGGCGAGGCGGUGCCGGGCCCCGCCGGGGCCCAGGAGUCCGAGGAGGGCCGGGGCGAGCGGGGCGGGACGCCGCGGCUGCUGCGGCGGGCGCUGCUCCGCGGCUCGGCCCUGCUGGCCUCGCUGGGGCUGGGCCGGGAGCUGCCCCCCGCCGAGGCGCCCCGCAGCCCCCCGCCCUCCCCCGGCCUGCUGCGCCUCUCGCCCCGCCGGCCCGCCCGGACGCCGGGGUCCCCCGAGCCCGCCCGCACCCCCGGCACCCCCGAGCGCAGCUGGCCCGGCACCCCGGAGCCCGGCCGGGCCCGGACGCCUGGGACCCCGGAGCUGAGCUCACCCGGGACCCCGGAGCCCAGCCGGGCCCGGACGCCUGGGCCCCUGGAGCUGAAUUGGCCCCGGACGCCUGGGACCCCCGAGCCAAACAGGGCCCAGACGCCUGGGACCCCUGAGCAAGGUCGGACCCGGACGCCUGGGACCCCGGAGCCAAACAGGGCCCGGACGCCUGGGCUGCUGGAGCUCAAUUGGCCCCGGACGCCUGGGACCCCGGAGCCGAGCCGGGCCCAGACGCCUGAGACCCCUGAGCCCAGCCGGGCCCGGAUGCCUGGGCCCCUGGAGCUCAAUUGGCCCCGGAUGCCUGGGACCCCCGAGCUGAACAGGACCCGGACGCCUGGGACCCCCGAGCCAAACAGGGCCCAGACGCCGGGGACCCCUGAGCAAGGUCGGGCCCGGCCACCCGGGACCCUGGAGCUCAAUUGGCCCCGGACACCUGGGACCCCUGAGCCGAACAGGGCCCAGACGCCUGGGACCCCUGAGCAAGGUCGGGCCCGGACGCCGGGGACCCUGGAGCUAAGUUGGCCCCGGACACCUGGGACCCCUGAGCCGAACAGGGCCCGGACGCCUGGGACCCCUGAGCAAGGUCGGGCCCGGACGCCGGGGACCCUGGAGCUAAGUUGGCCCCGGACACCUGGGACCCCCGAGCUGAACAGGGCCCGGACGCCUGGGACCCCCGAGCUGAACAGGGCCCGGAUGCCUGGGACCCCUGAACGAGGUCGGGCCCGGACGCCUGGGCCCCUGGAGCUGAAUUGGCCCCGGACGCCUGGGACCCCUGAGCCAAACAGAUCCCGGACGCCUGGGACCCCGGAGCCCAGCCGGGCCCGGACGCCUGGGACCCCUGAGCCAAACAGGGCCCGGACGCCUGGGCCCCUGGAGCUGAAUUGGCCCCGGACGCCUGGGACCCCUGAACGAGGUCGGGCCCGGACACCGGGGACCCCUGAGCCAAACAGGGCCCGGACGCCUGGGCCCCUGGAGCUGAACUGGCCCCGGACGCCAGGGACCCCGGAGCCGGGAGGGGCCAGGACGCCCCGGACGCCUGGGUCCCCGGAGCUGCUCAUCGACCUGGAGUCACCGGGACCCCGCAGGGAGGGAGAAGCCAGCGCCUGGGGCCAGGCCUGGGGCGCGGCGCUGCCGUCGCCGCCGGCGCCCCGGCGCGGCCCCUCCAGCCCCGGCCCCGGCUCCAGCCCCGCGGCGCGGCCCCGGCGCGGCCCCGCGCGGCCCCGCAUCGACCCCUGGAGCUUCGUGUCGGCGGGGCCGCGCCGCCCCCCCGCGCCCGCCGCCGCCGGCCCCGACCCCUUCGCCGAGCCCUGAGCGCGCGCCGGACGUGACGCCACGCCGCGCCGGCCGGAAGCCCCGCCCCCGCCGCCAACGGACUGUGCCGGAAGUGGCGACGCUCCCUGCGCGGGGAGCACCGGAAGUGCGGCCCUGGCUGAGCCGAGAACGCCGGAAGUGCCGCCACCUCUGUGCGGGGAACACCGGAAGUGCCUGUCCUCUCCCCGCGGGAGCGCCGGAAGUGCCUGUCCCCUCCCCGCGGGGGACGCCGGAAGUGCCCCCCUCUCUCCGCGGGGAACGCCGGAAGUGCCGCCCCGCGGGGGCCCGGCCGCGGCGCCCCGAGCCCGCGCGCGCGGCCGCGAGAGAAUAAACCUGCUGCCGCCA